AUGUCCGACUCCGAAUUUCGUCAAGCUGAUACUAAUGGUGACAACUCAUUAGAUAUAAAUGAAUUCCGUAAUUUUACUGCACAACGCAAUAAUAAUGGUGGUGGUAAUGGUUUUACAUCAAAUUCAUCAUCAUUCGAAUCAUCAUCAUCAUCAGGAGGAGCCUUAGGUGGAGCUAGCUAUGGAGCUUCUUAUCAAGGUGAAUCUGGUUUAGCUGGUGGUGCCGGAUAUGGAGCUGCAGGUUUAGCUGGUAGUUCCGGAUACGAAUCUUCAAGCUUUUCUAGCAGUACUGGAUACGGAGCUGCAGGUUUAGCUGGUGGUGCCGGAUACGGAGCUGCAGGUUUAGCUGGUGGUGCUGGAUAUGGAGCUGGAGGUUUAUCUGGUGGUUCCGGAUACGAAGCUUCAGGCUUUUCUAGCAGUGCUGGAUACGGAGCUGCUGGUGGUGCUGCAGGAUAUGGUGCAUCAUCAUCAGAAUCUGUAAAUACAACUUCAGUUCAACGAUAUGCAACAGAUGCACAAGGAUUAUUUCAAGAUAGUAAUCCACAAAUUAUUCGUCGUCCAGCUCCAGGUGGCCCACUUACUUAUACACAAAACAUUCGAGUACGAUUUCUUCAACCACCACCAAUUCCACCACCAGGCCCACUCAUUAUUAAAGAAGUGCGUCCACCUCAACCACCAGUACAACCACCUCUUCGUAUUCGUCAACAAGCUCCCCCACGUCCUCAACCACCUCCACUUAUCUUACUUAUUCGUAAACUUGCUGCAUUACCUGUUCCACCACGAUCAACAAUUAUCGAACGUAUUGCUGCUGCUCCACCACGUCCACGUGAUAUCAUCAUUGAACGUUGGGUACCUUAUGGUGCAGCUUCAAAACGUCGUACAGUUGUUCAACGUGCUGCAGCAGCUCAAGCAUAUCAACAACCACGCAAUGUCAUUAUUCAAUAUGAAAGUGUACAAGCUCGCAUUGUUCGUCAAUUCCAAAAAUUAGGUGUACAACCUGAAAAUCCUCAAGCCUAUGUUCAACGAUAUGGUGCUCAACUUCUUGACUCAGUAACACUUGUUCAACAAGCACGAGCAGCUGGUGUCGUAGAAGAUAUUUCACCCCCUGUUGUUCCUGGUUCAUUUGCUGCUACUGAAGGUCAAUUUUCAUCAACUGGCGGUGCUAGUGGUGCUGGUGGUCUUACUGGACAAGGCUUUGGUGGUAUUGCUGGUGAAAUGAAUUUUGAAGCUACUGCUGGUGGUGUUGGAUCAAGUUCAAAUAUUGCUCAUUCAUCUUUUGAAGCUCAUGGUGGUGGUGUAAUUGGAAUUGAUUCACCUGCAGCUUUCAGCAGUCAUGUUGGUGGUGCUGGUGAAGGUGCAACUGGUUUCGGAGCUACCGGUGUACUUUCACAAUCUUUUAGUGGUGCUGGAGAAUCCGUACAAACCUUUGGUGCUGGUUCAAAUGUCGGACCAGGUUCAGGUUUUGCCCCAUCAACUCUCUUCAAUGCUGCUGAUACCAAUCAUGAUGGUGCUCUCUCACAGCGAGAAUUUAAUGCAGCUGGUUAUUAA